AUGGAGGGCCAAUGGCGAUCAGAGAUCCCCGAGGACAUGCGCAAGAAGAUGAUCACUGAAAUGUAUCACGAGCUGGCGCGUAUCUCUGGCGAGGUAGACAAGCAGAAGGUGUGGGGAUCGGCCGCCAAGUUCGAGCUCAUGUUGUGGUCCAGCAGCCCCGACCGAAAUUCGUACUUAAUGAAGAUGCAGCGUAAAAUCAUGAGUCUCAAGAAGAAACCGGGGCCGGGGGAGAUGCAGCAGUCCAAUAUGAUGGCCAACGCCAACAACGUCGUGACGUCUAACGCCAUGAACGCAGCGACGAACGGCUUGAACAACGGCCUGACUAUGAACAUGAACGCUGCCAACAUGGGUGCAGCCUUGAAUGCACAGCAGUUCCAACAGAACAACGCAGCGGCGAGUGCAGCGAUGAACACGUUCCAGCAACAAGCUCAGGCUCAGGCUCAGGCUCAGGCUCAGGCUCAGGCUCAGGCUCAGGCUCAGGCUCAAGCCCAAGCUCAAGCUCAGCAGCAGAAUGCUGCAGCUCUGGCUGCUGCUGUGUCUAACGGUGCGUCGACGACGUUAAACGCCGCAGCUUCCGCCGGCUUGAACGCUACCAGUACGACGCCAACGACAGCGGGCUCGACUCCUGCUGUGAGUAUCCCGUCGGCUCCACAGCAGCAAGCGCAGCAAUGGCUACAACGCAUUCAAGUACAGUUCCAAGCCCAGCAACGACAGCUGCUGCACACGCAGAACCAAGAGACGCAGCAGCUUCGACAGCAACAUUUGAACCAGCAACAACAACUCACUCAGCAACAGCAGCAGCAAGGUGUCGCGCCCGAUUUACGUCGUCAGCAGCUCCAAACACUGCAGCAACAACAUCAACUUGCACGUACGCGACUCCAGCAUCUCCAUAAGAGCAAACAGCAGCAGCUGCAGCGCAAACAACAGCAGUAUUUGAUGCAGAAGCAACACCAGCUCCAACAGCAGCAGCAGCAGCAAGGCUCCGUCACAGCGACGUCAGCCACAGCGACCAGUAAUGCUGUGCCGUCGACUGCGAUGAUGGCUACACCGCAGUCUGGAGCCUCCUCUGUAGCCAUGUCUCUGCCCAAUGCGACGACCGUGCAGACGACCGCUCCUACUGCGCCUACGACCCAAGCCGCGUCGACUCUGCAGCGUGGAGUCAAUCCGGAACAACUAGCAGCGGCGCACACGCAACAAGCCGCCAUGCGAGAGAUGCAGCGAGCGCAGAACACGUCCCAGCUGCUAGAGACGGCGUUGAAGCACCAGCUCCCCAAUAGCGGCGCUGCGACGACUGCGUCGUCGACUCCUACAGUCGCGGCGACGUCGACGACGCCCACAGCGACGACAAGUGGGAACAGCAGCCAGACGUACGUGGAGAGACUGAAGGAGAUGAAGCAGAAGUACUGGGACGACUUGGUGAUUGUCUAUCGCGAGUUUGAGCGGAUGGUCAAGCAGAAACCAGCCAAUCAGCAGCAGGAGCGGAUCAACACGUUCCUCGUGAAUUUAAAGCGCAUCAUCGCGCUGCUCCAGCAAGACCCCGCCAAGGUGACGAGCAGCAACAAGAACGACCUGGACCGCGUGGAAGCACACAUCCACAAGCAGGUGCUGCCGAUUCUGGAGCGUCUGAAGAACAAGACGCGCGCUGCAGCGACGAAUGGAGCGCCUGCAACUGCGGCCGCGCAACAGGAGCAGCUGAAGAAGACGCAGGAAGCGCAGCGACUCGCGCAGCUUCAAGAACAGCAGAAGAAGAUGCAGGAGCAACAGAAAGCCGAAGCGCAACGCAAGCUGCUGGAAGAGCAGAAGAAGAAGAUGCAACUCGAAGCUGCAGCUGCCGCAGCCAAGAAGCAAGAGCUGUUGGAGCAACAGCGUCAGCAAAAACAGAAGCAGCUUCAAGCGCAGCAAGCGCUCAUGCAGCAGCAGCAACAACAACGACAGCAGCUGCUGGCGCAGCAACAAGCGCAGCUGAAGCAGAACCAGAUGCGGAUGAACGCAGCUGCGCAACCGGGAGCGUCGGGAGCUGUGACAGCGACGUCCGCUACGCUGUUGGCGGCGGGGAACGGCAAUGGGAUAACAAGUCUGGGAGCGUCGUUGCAGACUCCAAUUGAUGUGUCCACGGCGUCUACAGGAGACAGCAGUACAGCGAAUGGCAUGGCGUCGCUGACGCCGGCGCAGUACCGGACGUUCAAGCUGCCAGAAUCGCGAAAGCAGCAACUGACUGCUCAACAUGCCAAGCUACGGGAACAACAGCAGGAGCUCAUCAUGCAGCAAAGUCGAGCCAAGACACCGUCAAACCAGGCCAAGCUGGCGCAUCAGGCUCAACGUCUUGCACAGAUGAUCAACAAGAUCUCGCAGCAAUUGGUGCAGUGUAAGUUGGCGGAGGAGUACGAGCAGUCCAAGAUGGGUUUGACCCCACCGAUGUCACAACCUAAUGCGACGGCCCUGAAUAAUACGACGACUGUGAAGCCAGAGACCACUACUCCUGCUGUGAAUGGUGCUGCUCCUGUUGUAUCGGCUGCUGUGGCACCGGAGACGCCGAAGGUUGAUACCACGACUGCUAUGACGACUUCUACGAAGGUGGACGAGAGCUUCAAGUCAGUGUUACCCGACAUGACCGGCCUGGGUGCGUCCGAGAAACUCUUGACUGCUGUAGCAGCCUACGAGAAACACAAGCCCGAAGUUCUGAAGAGAGGCGCGUCUCGGUUCUCGCGCAUUGCUUUGACGAUCGGAGCCAAGCUCAAGACAUCCUACGUGACUUCCUAG